CUUCUCGCAAAACUAGCCGUGCGAUUUGUCCACAUGUCGUUUUAGAUAGGAGUUUUCAGUGAAAUUUCCUGCGAAAAACGUACAGUUUCAACGAAAAUCCGCAACCAUGGCCAAGUUUGAUCUUACUAGCAAGAACUGCCAAUAUUUGGAUCGUCAUCUAACUUUUCCUUUGCUGGAAUUUCUGCUUCAGAAAAAUGUCUUCGACCAGACAUCACUGUUGCAGUUCAUUUUGAAGACGUUAAGCAAAACGAAUAUGAUCGACUACACGAACGACAUCUGUGAGCGCUUGGAGAAAAGUUUGCCCGAAGAAAUGAACCAGCGCCGUGAGAAUGUGCUGGUAACACUGAAGGAACUUCAAGAAGAAGUUGCUCCGCUGAUGAAAUGUAUGGAGGAGCUGAAAAAUCCGGAUUCGUCGAAGGAUCACAAAUCGGUUAUACUUGCGCUGCAGCAGACACUGGAUUACGAUAUUAUCCUAAGUGCGCAAAAGCUAGCCAAGUAUCUGUACGAGUGUGGUACGUAUAAUGGUUCUUUGUCGUACCUGUACGUCUGUAUGCUGGUAAUGGAGCCGAACGACAAAAACUAUCUCGGUGUAUUGUGGGGCAAGCUGGCAGUUGAAAUACUGUUGCUCAACUGGCCUACGGCUUUGGAGGAUUUAACGCGGUUGCGUGACUAUAUCGAUAACUACAAUUUCACCCCGAUUCAAGUGCUCCAGCAGCGCGCUUGGCUCAUUCACUGGAGUGUGCUGGUAUUUUUCAACCAUGCCAAGGGUCGCGAUCUGAUCAUCGACAUGUUUUUGUACAAGCCGCAAUAUCUGAACGCGAUUCAGACGAUGUGCCCACAUAUUCUACGCUACCUAGCGACGGCGGUCAUUAUCAACCGUGGUCGCCGAAAUGCGCUGAAGGAUCUGAUCAAGGUGAUCCAGCAGGAGUCGUACACGUACCGUGAUCCCAUCACCGAGUUUCUUGAACAUCUGUACGUGAACUUCGACUUUGAGGCUGCUCGUAAGAAGCUGAACGAAUGUCAAACGGUCAUUUCGAACGAUUUCUUCAUUAUCGGGUGCCUGAACGAGUUUAUCGAGAAUGCGCGACUCAUGAUCUUCGAGACGUUCUGUCGUAUUCAUCAGUGCAUUACGAUUGGCAUGCUGGCGGACAAGCUGAACAUGAAGCCGGACGAGGCUGAGUGCUGGAUUGUGAAUUUGAUCCGUAAUGCGCGUUUGGAUGCAAAAAUUGAUUCGAAGCUGGGACAUGUGGUGAUGGGCACGCAGCCACUAUCGCCGUACCAGCAAUUGGUGGAAAAAAUUGACUCCCUCUCUGUACGCUCCGAAGCGUUGACCCUGUUGGUAGAACGAAAGCACAAAGCUAAAACUCAAGAAGCUGGCGAAGGCCACUGGAAGUAUUACUAACAACGCGGACAACGCUAAUAAUACAUGUUUUCUGGUGUUUCGCCUUAGCGAAGAAACAUUGGAAAAGAUUUUUUGGUGUACUAGGGGCGAAGGAUAACGUUUGGGCAGAAGGUUAGAACAACUACAACCGACUACAAAGUGUAUCGAUAAAACGGAACAGCGUAAAACAUUAAACAUUCAUUCAAACCAUCGGUAAAGAUGAUUAAUAAUAAACAAAUAAGUUGGAAUAAAAGGCGCUCGCUAGAGGACAGAAG